GUAAUAAUGUCGAAUCAAACACCGUACAUCGGAAGCAAGAUUAGUCUGAUCUCCAAGCUCGACAUCCGUUACGAGGGAAUCCUCUACACCGUCGACACCAACGACUCUACCAUCGCGUUGGCCAAGGUUCGCUCGUUCGGAACCGAGAAGCGUCCAACUGCUAAUCCGGUCGCCGCUCGUGAUGAUGUCUACGAGUACAUCAUCUUCAAGGCCAGCGACAUCAAGGAUUUGAUCGUUUGUGAUACUCCGAAGAUGGCCAACAUUGGAGGAGGGCUUCCAUACGAUCCAGCCAUCAUCUCUGUCUCCUCGAGAUCAGCCCCAGCAAGUGACGGAGCUCCAGCUGCCUCUGCAGGUUCUUCCAGAGCCGGAACGCCAUCCCGUAACAGUCCGUUAGGCCAAAUCAUCCAAAAUCAACGUCCAGGACGUGGAGGUUAUCAGCAAAACUUCCAAGCUAACCGUGGAUACAACAACUACCGCGGAGGAUUCGCUGGCGGAUACAACAACCAAAGAGGGCACAACAAUUAUGGAGUUCCUCGAGUUAAUCACCGCGAAAAGCUGAAGUUCGAAUCGGACUUUGACUUCGAGAAGGCCAAUGAGAAGUUCCAAGAAGUUCUCGUCGACAACCUUGAGAAGCUCAACAUUGAGGAUAAGGCCGAGCCAGAAGUUGAGGAGAAGAAGGAUGCUGCCUUCUACGACAAGAAGACUUCAUUCUUUGACAACAUCAGCUGUGAAUCACUGGAGAAAGCCGAAGGAAAGACUGGACGGCCAGAUUGGAAGAAGGAGAGAGAAACGAAUCAGGAGACGUUCGGACACAACGCAGUGCGUUCGUUGAACUACCGUCGUGGAUUCGGAGGACGAGGACGUGGUGGAAACCGCGGAUAUGGAGGUUACAACAACGGAUACCAGCAUCAACACCAGCACCGUGGAGGAUACAAUGGAGGUUAUCGUCAGAACAACGGUGGAUACCGUCGUGGUGGAUAUGCUCCACGUGACAACCAAGGCAAUACUGCCGCAGCUGCCGAACAAUAAGUUCGAAUUCCCUGAAAUUGUUUUCUCCCCACAUCCCCAUACCCCGAUAUUAGCCGUUUGUUAAUUUAUUAUGUAAGUUUAUCCAUUCUCCCCCCCCCCCCAUCAAUGAUUACCCUUGUCUCUUCUCAACUAUUGGCGUGUUAUAAGAAACCCGUUAAUUAUUUAGAAAUCUCGUACGAUUCAAUGCGGGCCUUCUGUUAUUUUGUAAUAAUUAUUGCGCACCCACCCACCGACACACAUCUCCCAUCCAAAAAAUUCCCAAUGUUUUUUCUUCCCCCACUACAAUAGUGAUUGGACCCUUCCCCCGUUUUUUUAAGUUCUAGCUUGUGAAUUUUAAAGCAUGUCGUUCUGUUGUCCUCAGUUUGUCAUUUUAAUAAAAUUGCAGUGACUAAA